UAUAGAGGAAGAAGGAAUAGGAAGCGGUAGUUACAAAUGGGUGGGCACCGAAGGAAAAAUGUCUCAACCUUUUAACAAAAUUAAAUCUGUGAAAAUUAGGAGAUAUAAGGACAACAGAAAGUACGGAGUUGCAGCAACAAAUGUGAAAGAGCUGCUUAAAAAAGGCUGCAAGUUAUUAAAGCUGCCAUGUCCUGGAGCACAUGUUUGUUUGUAUGCGGAUGGGACAGCCGUGACAGAGGACAUUUUCCCAAGUCUUCCUGACAACACUGAACUGGUUCUUCUCUCCAGAGAGCAAACAUGGAGUGGAGUUGCAUGUGACAUCAGUCAGUUACUGAGCACAGACCAGCAGACCUCUGAAGCCCUCAUUGAAGCAGCAAAAGGGCUCAUGUUGGAUGAGCAGUCUCCUAAGAGGUGUAAAAUCCUGGCUGACCUGCUACUGACCCUGGAGGACAGAUCUGUGCUGGAGAGCAGAGAGGAGGAUGAAGACUGGUUCCAAGGUGUCGAUGCUCGAUUCAAGACAAAGUCUGCUUACAUGAAGUACAACUGUGAAAGCAGGAUACGAGGCUACAUGAAGGAGGUAGAUGAUGCCAUCAAAAUUAUUCAGAAAGCCAAAGUCAGGACAGAGUUUUUGAAAACAUCCAAGCGUCUGGUGGAAAUGCUGAAAACAGCCAAGUACAACGGCUGCUACUUUGACAGGACUGAAAAGGAGCUGGAUCGCCUCUGUACUCAGCAAGGAUGGUUUACCUGUAAGGGAUCAUUUGACCAGGACGAGUGCCAGUCUCGCCACUCCAUCAACCCAUACAGCAACCGAGAGAACAGGAUUGUCUUCAGCACAUGGAAUCUGGACCACAGGAUAGAAAAGAAGAGGGCAAUCAUUCCCACUCUCCUGGAAGCUCUACACAGUCACAAGAGCACCGACAUCAACCUGAACUACUUCUACCGCCUGCUGUUCACCAAGGAGAACCUCAAGCUGGUUCACAUUGUGUGCCACAAGAAAGGAGCUCAUGAUCUACUCUGUGACACCAAGAAGAUUUUUAGAAGAACCAGCAACACUGACAAAGGAUGCCAGAAGGCCAAAGGGAAGAAGAGGCGCUUGGUGUGAAUAUUUUUAUUUUUUUAAUGAAAAACUGUUUUUAUGUUUGUGUGAGCUGUGACAACAAUGUAUUACAGAUACAUUCUGUGAAGUCCGCUGUAGCAAGAUCAGGUCGCUUCACCGUUUACCCCACCUGAUUUUUUUUUUUUUUUGGUACUUAGCUGUUUUCUGAGCUGUUGUACUGUGCAGAACUUUAACACAGACUGGCAAUGGUUGCUUAAAAUCAUGAAAAACAUUUAUUUUUAUUUUGUGUUGGCACAAUGAUGUAAAAUGCAUUAAUUUAUUACAAUGACAUCUCACUGUAUGAGUUAUUCGUUCAGUCCAAAAGUUGAGUAGGAGAAUAUGAAAAGCAUUUUGCAUAAAUAAAGCAGUAAAAAUCUGGACGGUCAGAACAAUCAGCUAUAUACAAACUUCUACAACAACUGUGAAUAACAAGUGCAAUAGAUAACUGGGUUACAUUGUCAGUCAGGUUUAUGUUGGUAAAUGGUCUUAUACUUGUAUAGCGCCUUUCUAUGCUUUUACAGCACACUCAAAGCGCUUUCACAU